GCAAUUAUAUAACACCUGCGCUCACUGCUUAUCUAAUCUGAAAACACAGUAACAACCUUGUUCUACAGUGGUUUUGGUGUCAACACGAAGAAUAUGCCAGCACUUGUGUGUUUCGUGUUUGUGUAUCUUGCUUCAGGAGUCUUGAGUGAUAUAGACCCUCCAGGAUGUGGGAUCAAUGAUGUGGGCUUUGAUUACACCACCCUCCCAGAGGCAGCCAGGAAUCGGAUUGUUGGUGGACAAAUCGCCACACCAUAUGCCUUCCCAUGGAUGGCUGCUCUCGAAAGGCGUGGUGUUCUUAAUUGUGGCGGGUCACUUCUGAAAGGCAGUUCUGACAGGUGGUACAUCCUUACUGCUGCCCACUGUUUGGAUGGAUCUAUUGUGUCAGACUUAACGAUUCGCCUUGGCGCUCAUGAUGUCUCCAAAAACGAACCUUCCUCCGAGUCCUAUGACGCAAAGACUGUGAUGUCACACCCUCUGUACAACCCAGCUACACUAGAGUAUGACAUUGCGCUGAUUGAGCUAAGUGGCGCCCCACUGGUAUCUAAGCCUGAAAUCAACUUUGGGUGUGUUUCGGGCAAUGUCAGUAGAGCAGGAGAAGUAUGCUAUGUCAUCGGAUGGGGACUUACCUCGGACGGAGGCGAUGCAUCAGAUGAGCUCCUGAUUGUUGAUAAGCCCGUCCUGUCACAAACACAAUGUAGGGACAUAUACGGCUCUAACCAGUUCCAUGAAGCCUCAAUGAUUUGUGCAGGAUACUCAGAAGGAGGAAAAGAUUCUUGCACCAUGGACAGCGGGGGACCGUUGAUGUGCUUCCAAAAUGAUCGUAUGGAGAUAAUUGGAAUUGUGAGCUGGGGCUAUGGUUGCGGUCAUCCCAACUUACCCGGCGUCUAUGCUAGUGCAACGGGAGGAAGGCAGUGGAUUGAAGCUACUAAACCUAGUAACCACCUUGUCCUACAGUGGUUUGGUGGCUUUGGUGUCCACACGAAAAAUAUGCCAGCACAUCUGUGUUUCGUUUUAGCGUGUCUUGCAUCAGGAGUCUUGAGUUAUAUAGAUCCUCCUGGAUGUGGAAUCAAUGAUGUGGGCUUUGAUUACACCACCCUCCCAAAGACAGCCAGGAAUCGCAUUGUUGGUGGACAAAUCGCCACACCACAUUCCUUUCCAUGGAUGGCUGCUCUCGAAAGGCGUGGUGUUCUUAAUUGUGGUGGGUCACUCCUGAAAGGCAGUUCUGACAGGUGGUACAUCCUAACUGCUGCCCACUGUUUGUAUGAAACUACUGUGGCAGACUUAAAGAUUCGCCUUGGCGCUCAUGACCUCUCCAAAAACGAACCUUCCUCCGAGUCCUAUGACGUAAAGACUUUGAUGUCACACCCUCUGUACAACCCAAUUACAAUUGAGUAUGACAUUGCGCUGAUUGAGCUUAGUAGCGCCCCACAAGUAUCUAAGCCCGAAAUCAACUUUGGGUGUGUUUCGGGCAAUGUCAGUAGAGCAGGAGAAGUAUGCUAUGUCGCCGGAUGGGGACAUACCUCGUACGGGGGCGCUGUAUCAGAUGAGCUCCGGGUUGUUGAAAAGCCCGUCCUGUCACAAACCCAAUGUAGGAACAUAGUCGGCUCUAACCCGUUCCAUGAAGCCUCAAUGAUUUGUGCAGGCCACUCAGAAGGAGGAAAAGAUUCGUGCUCCUUGGACAGCGGAGGACCUUUGAUGUGCUUCCAAAACAAUCGUAUGGAGAUAAUUGGAAUUGUGAGCUGGGGCAAUGGUUGCGGUCAACCCAACUCACCCGGCGUCUAUGCUAGUGCAUCAGGAGGAAAGCAGUGGAUUGAAUCUACCAUAUACGCAUAGACGGUCACUAAAAUAAAACGACUGAAAUACACUCGCAUAUUCUGUUUA